CGAGACGCUUUUAGCAGGUUAAACGCACAGGAGAGCCGCGAGGAUUUUGUACAUCCGGACCAGAGAGGAGAACUUCCACCGCUUCACUUCAUUUCAGCCCGGCUGGUUACAAACUCGCACGAGCGGUUCCGACUGUGGCGUGCAGCAACGCUCCGCUCUCCAGAUCUGGUUUUACGCACCGGCAGCAGCUCAGUAUCACUUUUUUUUUUUUGGUGCAAUUUCUCAACAAAAGAUUGUUUUUCUUUUAUGUACAUAUAUGCGCUCAGUCGGUCUGUCUUAGGAAACUGAGUUCAGAUUUUGUUUUUGGUUUUUUUGCUUCGCAAAGAAAACUUAAAGAAGAAGAAGAAAAAAGACUCCCCCUGAAUUUCACGCGUAAUUUGGGCACCGCUCGGUUUUGCGCAUGAAUCUCCUCGAUCCCUACCUGAAGAUGACGGAGGAACAAGACAAGUGUCUCUCUGACGCCCCGAGCCCGAGCAUGUCCGAGGACUCGGCGGGUUCCCCGUGCCCGUCCGGCUCGGGGUCCGACGCCGAGAACACGCGGCCGUCGGAGAACGCGCUGCGGCGCGCGGACGCGGCGCUGCUGGGCGACUUCAAGAAGGACGAGGACGAUAAGUUCCCCGCGUGCAUCCGCGAGGCCGUGUCCCAGGUGCUGAAGGGCUACGACUGGACCCUCGUGCCGAUGCCCGUGCGCGUGAACGGAUCUACCAAGAACAAGCCGCACGUGAAGAGGCCGAUGAACGCCUUCAUGGUGUGGGCGCAGGCGGCGCGGAGGAAGCUGGCGGACCAGUACCCGCACCUCCACAACGCGGAGCUGAGCAAGACGCUGGGCAAGCUGUGGAGACUUCUCAACGAAGGCGAGAAGCGGCCGUUUGUGGAAGAGGCCGAGAGGCUCCGGGUGCAGCACAAGAAGGACCACCCGGACUACAAGUACCAGCCCCGGCGACGGAAGUCGGUGAAGAACGGCCAGAGCGAGGCGGAGGACGGCGGCGAGCAGACGCACAUCUCCACCAACGCCAUCUUCAAAGCCCUCCAGCAGGCCGACUCCCCCGCCUCCAGCAUGGGAGAGGUGCACUCCCCCGCCGAGCACUCAGGCUCACAGGGUCCCCCCACCCCUCCCACCACCCCUAAGACCGACGCCGGCUCAGGUAAGACAGACCUGAAGCGCGAGGCGGGGCUCCGCGCUCAGCCCGACGGCAAUGUUGGGCGCCAGCUCAACAUCGACUUCCGGGACGUGGACAUCGGUGAGCUGAGCAGCGACGUCAUCUCCCACAUCGAGACCUUUGACGUCAACGAGUUCGACCAGUACCUCCCGCCCAACGGCCACCCGGGGCCCGUCGGCGCCACUCCGGUCAGCUACAGCGGCAGCUACAGCAUAAGCGGCGGGGCGCCGCUCAGCCCGCAGCCGGCCUGGAUGUCUAAAAGCCAGAACCAGCAGGGACAGCAGCAGCAGAUCACCCUCACCACGCUGGGCGGCGGCGGAGGCUCGGACGCUGCCCAGGCGCAGCACAGGACCCAGAUCAAGACGGAGCAGCUAAGCCCGAGUCACUACAGCGAGCAGCAGAGUUCCCCGCAGCACGUCCCCUACAGCCCCUUCAACAUGCAGCACUACAGCCCCCCGUCCACCUACCCGGCCAUCUCCAGGCCGCAGCAGUACUCCGAAUACUCUGAGCACCAGGGGGGAGGCGCCUCCUACUACAGCCACGCGGGGGCCGGGGCAGGGGCGGGUCAGGGCUCCGGUCUGUACUCGACUUUCAGCUACAUGGGCAGCCCCAACCAGAGGCCCAUGUACACGCCAAUCGCCGACAACGCCGGGGUGCCGUCCAUCCCACAGGGCAGCCCGCAGCAGCACUGGGAGCAGGCUCCGGUUUACACCCAGCUAACCCGACCCUGAGCUCAAACUCACACAAAAACACACACACACACACACACUUUGUUCCGUCAGAAAUGGGGAAGAAAGCGGAGGGGGGAGGGUCCUUCCCCUCGAAUCAGACUUGAAUUCUAAGAGGAGCGCUGGACUUUGGGGUGGCCUCACAUAGUGCCUUGUGUAUUUUAUCACAAUAGAAUCAUCUAUAUUUUUAGAGACUGAAGAGAAUCCUCUGUGAGGAUUUUUAUGAAUUGUUAAUAUUAUGUAUGUUUGUAGCCCAGAGGGAGGGUUGGGGAGGCAGAGGUCAUGCUGUUGGAAGCUGGGUCAGAACUUGACGUUGUGGUUCCGUCACCAGCUGAUUAUUAUUUUUUUUCUCUUUCGGAUCGUAUUCCGUCGCGGCCGUUGGAGCGGCUCUUAUGCAAUCCCAAUGCUGUGCCGUCUCACUGAGAGAAACCGCAGCCCCUUCCACCAUCCGUGCCUUGAUGUUUGUGCUUUUUUUGUUUUUUUUUCCUUUGUACGUUUUCCCGCCGCGGCCACAGCUGAGAUUACAAUGAACCGCCCCGUGGCGAGUGUUUGACAGCGACAGGAAGUCACCUUUAACCCCUAUGGGUGUCCCCUCCGCCCCACUCUGUUCCCCCACAGCAUGCUGGUGUCCUCAACUCCCCCCCCCAGUCAGUCAGAUCCAGUUUAACAUUUUUAUUUAUUUAUUUGCUAGUGUUAACUUUAUUUCAAAGUAAUUAUUUUGCAUAUUAUUCUUAUAACUAAUGAAUUGUCUUUUGUGAUGUAGACAGCAUAGAACUUCCCCCCACUUUUCGUUUUUUGUUUUGCAAAAUUUAGACAAAACGGUACAUGCUGUAAUUUUUGUUGUUUAUUUAUCUUAUGUUAUAAAUUUCUAUUUUGAUGCGCCUCUCCCUGCCCGCUGUGCAUUACAAGGAGUUUGUUUUAUAGCGUUGUGCAGUUUCUUUUGAGUUUGACUCAAAACAACGGCUGAAAGAACUGGAAAAAUCAUUUCUCUUAUAAAUAUAUUUACUCGUUUGGCGCUUUUGUUUGUCCAAUCACCGGGACCGCUCGUCCUUUCCGCUCUGCAGGUCGUUUUCUUUUUCUUUUCCCUCAUGAAGAUCGGACGCUGCCCGAUACUGUCUUCCUGUUUGUUUUUUUAUUUCCUACGAUGUCUCUUAUGUAUUUCUAAUGUCUUUAAGAUAUCUUUUUGUAUAUGGAUUUGCAAUAAAAAACAAAAAUAUA